AAAGGAAAAAAAAUAUAAAAAUACGUGUCUGGAAUGCAGUGUUUCUAAAAAAAAAAAUAAAAUAAAAAAUAUUAUUAAAAGAAUUAAAAAAAAAAAUAAAAAAUGAUGAUGAGUGACUCGACUCCCAUAUGCAGAUGCCGCGUUCUGUACUUGGGAAGUGCUGUGCCGCGUCAAAGCAAAGACGGUCUCCAAGGCAUCCAAGAACCGCUCAAAAGUUUAUACCCAGCUGAGGGAGCUCUCGGCGCCAAAGGCAUCGACUCCUGGCUCAGUGUUUGGUCCAACGGCAUCCUCCUCGAAAAUGUCGACGAAAACCUGAAACAAGUAACGCGCUUCUUCCCGAUCGAAUCCUUGCACUAUUGCGCCGCCGUUCGUCAAGUUCUCAUCCCGGAACGUGGCAACAACAAUCCCGAACCGAAAUUUUUGCCACUCGAUUCGCCAUUUGCGCGAACGCCGCGUGCUCAUCAUCCUCCCAUCUUCGCUGCCAUCCUUCGUCGCACAACCGGCAUCAAAGUUCUCGAGUGUCAUACGUUCAUUUGCAAGCGGGAGGCAGCUGCGAAUGCCCUCGUUCGUUGUUGCUUCCACGCGUAUGCCGAUAACUCGUAUGCGCGACAAUUGGAGAACGGAAGUACGGCAGGCACGAGCGUUUAUGGCACGCUGGGCGGCAAAUCAACAUCGAAUGGCGACGCAACGUCGAACGGAUGGCGAUCACGGAAUGGCAGCACGACGACAAUCAACAGCGUUGGCAGGCAGAUUACGACACCGCAGCAACAUCACAUGAAUGGAAGUGUCGGCGAUGCAUUUACAGUGAAGAAUUUGUACGCCAGUAGUGCGGAUCUGGAUGUCGUUGACGAUGGGGAAAGUUCAUCCUUAUGCAAUGGCGACGAAAAUCACAAAGUUUGGACCGGAUCGCAAGAUCAUCUCGAUGCCAUUCACACAGAAAGCCCCUACGAAAUCUACUCGGGAGGUCAUUCGACGCUUGGGAGACCUGCGCGUCAACGUCAAAUUAGUAUGCCCGUGCAACCGCCGCCUCCGCCGAAAGAAGAGCCCAAAAAGAAGAAAGAUCACAGCAGCAAAUCAAAGCCAGUAGGAAGCCAAAGUCUCUCGGGAACGCUGAUUCGCCCGCGUCCCGUUCACAUGAAUCGCGGGCCUUUGCCGCCUCAUCAUCCCGGCAUGAUGAUGUAUGGUCCUCCGCCUCCGCAUCACCAUCCCAUGAUGGCGGGACCUCCAUCGCGUCAAUUCCAUACAAUUGGUCAUCGAGGGCAUCACGGCAUGGCUCCAAAUGGGCAUGGACCUCCAAUGCAUCAUCCCAUGCAUCAUCCUCAAGUGCCUUUACCAAUGCCUAUAAUGGUACCGCAGCAAUAUGCGACACUCCAAAAAUCCCGCACAGGCAAGAAAAAGAACAAAAAAGACAAAAUGAAUGGCAUGGCAAUGCCCGUUCCAAUGCCAGUUCCCCCAAUUUUCUAUCCUCCCGGACCUCCGCAUCAUCUAGUCGAUUCACGCCCUCUCUCGAUGAGCAAUCGCAAACUCGCCCAAUCCGCAGGCAACGGUCUCGACGAUUCGGGUGACGGUACAGGAACAUCAGGCGCUGAUUCUCCGACGACAGGCACGGGAAUUUAUCGUCGCAAGGGACACUUGAACGAACGCGCUUUCAGUUACAGCAUUCGACAAGAACAUCGCAGCAGAUCGCACGGAUCGCUCGCAAGUUUGCAAUUUAGUCCGCCAGACAUCAAGAAAGAACGAGAAAUCGCCCAAAUGGUUGCUGCACUCGACAUCAAUGGAGAUGCUGAUGAUGCGACAUUAACGCGACGCGGGCAACAAAUGACCAAUGGACAUCAUCAUGGCGGCAUGAAUGGACAUCACGCGCCAAUUGCCAUGAAUGGACAUCACAUGAACGGGCAUGGCACAUUCGGAAAACCACGGAGGUAGUUAGGUAAUGGUGUUUUGUUAACGUCUCAGUCGCCCUAGUCGUUUACUUACAAGAAAAAUUAAUUAUUUUAUGAUUGCUUACCAAUGAAUCCAAGUGCAUGAAAAAAAAAUGUUAAAAAAAAUGCGACGUGAAAUGCAUUUCUUUGCAACUUUGAUAAGAGAAGACGUAGAAGAAAGUGCUUAAAAAUUUU